AGAUCAUAGAUAAGCCAUUCGGUCGUUGCACCACAACGCUGUUUAGUUGUCUCACUAUGGCUGCGUCUGAAAUCUUUCCGCCUUUCGAUCUGCAGGAUGCUCUGGCGCAAUCUGCUGUUCGUGGUUCUUUUAUAGAUACAGCUUAUCAUAUUUUCUCUCAUCGCCUCUUGUCGGGGAAGGUGGGCAAGCCUCGUGUCAUCUAUGGCAACAGUCUGGUCAUGAAGGCUGCUGGACAACACUUUCGUGGUCAACUGUCAGCAUCUUUCUCCAAGACGCAUGAGACCCCAGAGGAAGUCGAGGCUGAUGAAUACGGGUAUCAAUCCGACAGUGAUCUGGACGACGAUUGGGAUCUUGAGGAGGUCAGAUCCCCUACAUCGCCUUCAAGCAGCCGUGACAAGGGAAAGUCUAAAUCCGAAGAUUCCGAUGAGUUGUCGAAGAAGGCAGAACCACCCAAAGCCAAUGAAGCAGUAGAACACACCGUUGUCAUCACUGACGUUGCAGCCAACACAUGGGAAGCUUUGCUAUUCUAUAUCUACACUGGCAAGAUCAACUUCGCUCCUUUGAGAUCACAAGGAGCCGAAGGUCGCAUGCAAGCGAUGAAGCAGCACAAAUACGAUCAUCCCCAUCGUCCACCUCUCUGUUCUCCCAAGUCAGUGUAUCGACUUGCAGAUAAGGUUGGCCUGGAGGCUCUAAAGGUUCGGGCUUCUUCCGAUCUCCGGACCAAGUUGCAUUCCACAAUGAUCUUAGAUGAAGUGUUUUCCAAGUUUUCUUCAAGAUAUUGUGACAUCAUGAGUAUGCAAGUGGACUACCUCUGUGAUCACGGGUUGUCAAGGCCGGCAGUGGCGAUAGGCCUCCAGCAGAAGAUUCGCAGUGUCGUCGAAGGAGAAUUGCCUCACGCGACAAACAUUCUCAUGUCGUUAUUGCAGAAAAUAACACCAAACCCAUCACCGCUAUUGUCCCCCCCUCCACCGGCAGCAGACAAUGGUGUGAUGUCGCCUUCAUGCGACUAUAGUAGACCAGCCACACCUGAUGCUCCACAUGACUAUAAGAGAAUAAACACACCUGAGGGAGAUCCCGUCCCGACAUCGGCUUUCGGCGAGAGGAAGAAAGCUGGAAAAGGGGCAAGAUAUAAACCAUAGAGAGCUUCUGAAGUCUUGCAGGAAGUGCACGUAAAUCACGCAGCAGGGCCCUGGGUUCAAUUAGGUUCAAUGAAAGGACGAGCAUUUGCUUCGGGCCUAUCUGAGAUCGGCCUCG